UCUAAAGAUUAGUUUGCCGUUUUUAACAGACCAAAUAAAAGAAAUUCUAUUACUCCAAAAUGUAUCGUAUCUUUUUUUUAUUUGUUUUGGUAAAUGGGGUUUUAAGCCAGGCGCUAGUUCCUGGUGUGUGCAGCAAGCCGCCUAGAGCUCUUGCUCUGUUCAGACACGACAUUGAGGGGCUCAUGGGUGUUUUUUACGAAUAUGCACGCAUCCCGCACCCCCAAGAGCAAGGAGACUGUACCACAGUAGUCCUGGGUAUGAGGGACGAGUCUGCCGGCACCAUCUCCAAUGCGGAGAAACUACCUAACGGCCAAAUCCGAAGGUGGAAUGGUUUGAUAUACAAGACCGACGAUUUUCACGUUCUUUUCGACUAUGGCAAUGUAAAAUUCUCCUCCUACGUGAUGGCGAUGGACGGCAGGAGUCAUUUAAUUCUAUAUAGUUGCGAGAAUAUACCCAAUAGCAACAUGAAAAAGGUUGUGGGAUGGGUGUUGAGCAGAACGAAGAGACUGUCCGACAGAGCAGCGAAUGCCUUCAGGCAAGUUCUCGCGGAAAACCCCGAUAUGGGACUAGAGGCGAAUUGGCAUCACACCAACCAAAACUGUUAAAUCGACUUUGUGUAUGUCAUGCGCAAUAUGUUGAUCGACUUGCUUUUUGUCAGUGGAAGUUGGAAAUUUUGAAUACUAUUGUUGCACAUGAGCAGUAUUAAAAAAUUGGCCGUUUGUAACUAGAUGUAAUAAAUGGGUA